AUGGGUGUCAAGGAUGCUUUUGCCCGAUCUUCCUUCUCCAAGUACGGAAGGAGCAUCCGAGAAACACCGCGGAGCAUUAUUUGCAACAGUACUUUGCUGUUUAGUGCUAUGAUCUAUGCCUUUGCCGGCAUUCCUAUGACAUGGGACCAGGGUUCCUCCGCCACUAUUCCUUCCCUGCCGGGUUUCAACAAGCAGUUCCAUGUUUCUUCAGGGUCCGAUGCCGAAGCCAUUUCGACCUAUGUGUCAAUCAUCUACAUUGGCUAUGCCGUUGGUGCGGCCUUGUCCUUCUUUGUGAACGACCGCAUAGGCCGCCGAUGGGCUUUUCGACUAUACUCGUUGGUUUUCAUCAUCGGCCAGAUGAUGGUGGUGGGCGCCCUAAACAUGGGCACACUCUAUGCGGCUCGUAUCAUCACAGGUGUGGGUAUUGGCUCGCUUAGUGUGAUCGGACCCAUGAGCAUCGUUGAGAUCUCUCCAAAGGAGAUUCGUGGUCUGCUCACGGCCAUGUACACCGUGUCCAUGGGAAUCGCCUUGACCUCUGCCAGUUUUUGCGUGCUAGGCGUCCACCAUAACGUCCCCAGCAGCAACUUGCAAUACCAAAUUCCGGCCUUCUCGAUCGCCACUUUCCUGGCCUUGUGUAUCGCCAGCAGCUUCUUCAUCAGCGAAUCGCCUCGAUGGCUCAUGAUGGUCGGCCGCAGGGAGGAGGCAGUUCAAACGCUUGUCAACCUGCGACGCAUGCCUACUGACCACCCACGGAUUGUCACUGAAGUGCAUGAUAUCGAGACCUCGCUCAUCAUGGACUGGGGCGAUGUUCACGGUAACUCAAAUAUUUGGUUGAUCGCCAAGGAGACUUUCACAGUAGGCUCCAACCUGCGGCGCUUACAGCAGGUGUUAGUUGCGUACGCGCUGGCUCAGCUUUCUGGUGCCAAUUCGGUGACAAGCUACUUCAUCCCCAUCAUGAGCCUUCUAGGCGACACCGGAGGCACUGAGAGACACAUGUUCCUAAGCGGCAUGUACGGGUUCUCGAAGCUCAUGUUCAGCAUUAUUGCCGCCUUCUUUUUCAUUGACAUUCUUGGUCGUCGAAAGUCGCUUUUCAUUGGCAUCACCGCCCAGAUGCUUUCUCAUUUAUACAUAGGCGUCUUCAUGAAGUUCGAACAGCGUGGCCCUGUUCCCAGGGGAGCGUCGACUUUCGCCAUCGUCAUGCUCUUCCUCCACGCCUUUGGGUACGCAGUUGGUCUUUUCAUUCUCCCGUACGUCUUUGGUGGCGAGCUCUGGCCUAACCAUAUCCGUUCUUUUGGCGGAGCUGUGGGCGCAACAUUCCACUGGCUGUUUAUCUACGCUAUCAAAUUCGCUUUCCCCAAGAUCUUGAGCUCGAUGAACAACUGGGGCGCAUUCAUCUUCUUCGCUGGCUGGUGCUUUUUGGGCUUACUUUAUACCUAUUUGAUUGUCCCAGAGGUCGCUGGUCUGAGCGUCGAGGAGAUUGAUGUGAUCUUCCAAGGCCCGUGGUAUAACGCCUUCAGACGUUCGAAACGUGGCGCUGUCCUUGACGGUCUCGAGGAGGGAAGCAUACCCGGUACGGGAACCGACAUGAAGAACUAA